CGGGAGCUUCCGCCGAGCCGCAGGCAGCUCCGAGGGCCCCGCGACGCCUGGAGCACGGGGACCCGCUGGGGGCCCCCGGAGAUGAGAUUCCCAGACACCCAGAGGCUUACUAAGCUGCCCAAGGCCACGGACAAGCUGUUGAGUGACAAAACCAGGAUUUGAACUCAGGUGGACAAUGGCUGUUGCUCACGACUUGGAGAUGGAGAGUGUGAACCUGAGUACGGACAAAGAGGGGAAAGAAGAGAUAGAGGAAGAGGAGCGGAUGAGAGAGGAUGGGGGAGGUGCAGCUCCCCCCAAGGCUAGGAAGGUCCACAGGAUUGUCUCAAAGUGGAUGCUUCCUGAGAAGGUCCGGAGAACCUACUUGGAAAGGGCCAAUUGCCUCCCGCCCCCUCUGUUCAUCAUCGCCAUCAGCUUGGCCGAGUUGGCAGUGUUUAUUUACUAUGCCGUGUGGAAGCCUCAGAAGCAGUGGAUCACCCUGGACACAGGCAUCCUGGAGAGUCCCUUCAUCUACAGGCCUGAGAAGAGGCAGGAAGCCUGGAGGUUUAUCUCAUACAUGCUGGUGCAUGCUGGUGUUCAGCACAUCGUGGGCAACCUUUUCAUGCAGCUCGUGUUGGGCAUUCCCCUGGAAAUGGUGCACAAGGGCCUCCGAGUGGGGCUGGUGUACCUGGCCGGCGUGAUUGCAGGAUCCCUUGCCAGCUCCAUCUUUGACCCGCUCAAAUCUCUCGUGGGUGCUUCGGGAGGCGUCUACGCUCUGAUGGGAGGCUAUUUUAUGAAUGUUCUGGUGAAUUUUCGAGAAAUGAUUCCUGCCUUUGGAAUUAUCAGACUACUGAUCAUCAUCCUUAUAAUUGUGUCAGACAUGGGAUUUGCUCUCUACAGAAGGUUCUUUGUCCCUGCAAAUGGGUCUCCGGUGUCCUUUGCGGCGCACAUAGCAGGCGGAUUUGCUGGGAUGUCCAUAGGUUACACUGUGUUCAGCUGCUUUGAUAAGGCACUGCUGAAAGAUCCAAGGUUUUGGAUAGCAAUUGUUGCUUAUUUAGCCUGUGUCUUAUUUGCUGUGCUUUUCAACCUUUUCUUAUCCCCAGCAAACUGACCUACCCCUAGUAUAAGCCGAUUAAUGAAACUACCAUCUUGCUGGUGGUGGUGGUAGAGGUGGUGGUGGGGAGAGUGGAAACUCUUCUGAAGACAUGGAAGUCCCAGCUGUGCCAACGACUGCAUAAGGAGGACGGAAGCAGCACCCGUCAGUCGCAAGGACUGCUUACAGGGGACACUUCGGCUGGCAGGCGGGGCUUAUGAUGCAAAGGGGAGAAAGGGGAAGAGACAGAAAAGCAGGGAAGGCCUGAGGCUGAGCCUUCCUCCGGCACCUGGCAUGCUUGCGUCCUCCAAGGGAAAGUCGCUGUGCUUGGAGAUGGCUGGACAGCACCCAUGAAUAAUGUACUAUGCUGACAAUAAAAACUUUGCAUACCCGUGGUCAGACUCUUGAUAACCGUGUUUAAGUAGAUUGCUCUUCAAGUAGAUCACUGCUGUUCUGGGUCUGUACAGAUGUUAUUGCUGUUCUGGGUCUGUACAGAUGUUUAUUAACCUGAAAAGUAGGUAUUAACUAGUCUGUAACUUAGACAUCGGGUUCUGAAACGCUUUUUAAAAAUCGAUUGUCUGUCUGAAGGGGGAAGAAUUUCAACCUAAGACACAUGACUGGAAAGCCCAUGUAUAUGCCAAAUACUGAAGGAGGUUGGAGUAUCCUAGGAGUAGUGAAACCAACCUCUCUGGGGCUACGCCAUGAGUGGAAGCAAGACCUUACUGAAGACGUGGAGUUUCUGGGAUGCGAGUUUAAGAUUCUAGUAUUAUGUCUGAGUUCCCAAGGAAGCUGGAGCUGGCUCUCUGGCGCACGCUGUGCACCUGGGCUCUCUGAAUUCUCAUUGGUCACCCGCUUCUCACUCUUCGUGUGGCCACGAAGUGGCUCUCCUUGCAGUGGAAAGAAUCUAUUUCUACGAGGUAGGAAUGUCACAUCUACAGGCUGAGAAGCCUAAUUCCUUUUACCCGUACAGAAUGUAGACUGCUGAUUUUUCUGUUUUCUAAAAUGGUAGUUGUCAGUCACCUGAACACAGGAAAUAUAGAUUUUUUCUUCUUUCAUCAUCAAUAUGUUUUAUUUGUUAAAUAUCUAAAUGUGUUACUGAAUUCUGAAAGGAGCACAUAACAAUUAGGUAGAGUGAGAAUAGUCAGUACUCUAGCAUGUUGAGCAAAACUGAUCUGGGAUUUGCCAGGAAAUUUUUUUUUUAAAUUUAUUUGACAGGUAGAUAUAUAAAUAGUGAGAGACAGAGACAGAGAGAAAGGUCUUCCUUUUUCCAUUGG